ACAUCCAAAGACCCUGAAAUUGAUUGAUCUUCAAAAUGUGGUAUGCGCUACCUUGCCAGGUUUUCCUUGUUCAUGUGCUGUGUUUAGUAAGAGGGGCAGGGGGCAAACCUAGAUACGCCAGAGGGUCAUCAAACUUAUUCCCAGUCAUUCAGAAAUCACUACCUCCUAAUAUGAGAUAUAGUCAGACAGGCAGAAUUGCUUUAGAUCACCCAGUUGCAUAUCCCCAAACCUCAGUGACCAAGGAUGAAUACCUCAGAAAAGAAUUCCCAGGGCAGUUUUUUACGCUUGAACAAAUCCAAAACUUAAAUACAGCUCAAAAAGAAAGAGUAAAACGGGAUGCUGACAAUGACCUUUGUUGUAGAACAGAUGUGUGGUUUGGUCCAGCCCCAGAGCAGCUAGAUGAUGUCCCUCGAGAAGGACCAUGGACAAUACUCAAGGGGGAGGGGGUGUUCCAGGCAUAUAGCAGGGGAGACUGUUCUGAUCUAUCACCAAGGCCAGAGUGUCCACAGGGCGCCACCUGCCGACAGAAGCACAGACUACAUUCACUAUGGGUGGUAGGAGAAACAAAAUCUGUGUUAAAAUAUUUCUACAUCAACAACCAUUGCAGCUAUGAAUAACCUACCCUGGAUCACCAGGCACUAAGUACACUUCCCUCUGAUUAUAACGAGGGAUUUUACAAGGACAUCACCUCAAAUGUAGUAAUUUUUAUGGCAUUUUAUAUACACUGGAUACCAGGUGUCAUAUACAGAAAAUCUAAGAUUGACAAUGAAAUUCAAAUUGGGGCCUCCUAAAUUCCUCGGAAGAGAGGACUGGGCUCUGGGCAAGUUUUUACAAAUGGACAUAUACCUAAAGUAAAUGUGGAACUGAAUCUCAAAAUUGCAUUCUUAUGAGAUUUCAUAAACAAAUGGAAAAUGGAAUAAUCAGUUAACUGUACAGUGUAUAUAAAUGUAAAUAUUCUCAUUAUUGAAAUAUAAAUAUUAAUGUAGACCA